AUGAACGGCUCUCUCGAGCCCACAGGCCGCUUUUCUGGAAACGGAGAUGGCUUCCAUCGGCACUCGCUGAGCUCCAGUAAUCAUAAUCACAACCACAUGAGUCUUGGGUUUGCCGACAUGAUGUCUUCUGCUGCCCUCGGCUCUUCUCAUCAGGGCUCUUCGUCUACCGUCGAGCCUUCCCGCUUCGCCAGCCCCUCUGCUGCCAACAUCGGUACGAGCGGUAGCAGCAGCGGCAGCCGCGGUAGCGUCAGUGUCAACAGUCAUGCCGGGGCCAGCACCGGCUCUGGUCCCAUUACCGCCAAUGCCUAUGAAUCUCACGACGAUCUCUGCGUCGAUGGCUGCAUGGGCGUGGGUCUUUACAAUGGCUACCAGCAGUUCAACCACCGGGGCGGCAACCCCUCACUCCAGUCUCGCUGGGCUCGUGGAAACACCAUAUCCCAGUAUGGCUAUUCUACUGUUUCAACCACAAACCUCUGCGCGCUUCCUGCUCAGUAUCGUCAUGAGACUAGCUUCACGCCGUCGGCUUCAGAUUCCUUCCCGUCCUGGCUCAGUCAGCAUCUCACUACUAGUGUGCAAUGUAAUGACGAGGAUUGCCAGUCCAUGAAUAGCUGUUGCGACAGUCAGUGCACCAUGACCGGCAAGUGUACUGACCUGGCUUGCGCCAACACCGAGGAUGCUUGCACCGAUCAGAACUGCCCUUCCAGGCCCAGCUUCGAGCAUUCAUCCGAGGUAGUUAACGGAGCGGCUGCUCUCAUCUCUAUCAACCAUGCUCCAGGCAACCAUCAGCAGAACUUCAGCAUGCAGCAGCAAGAUGAUCCACAGAACUAUACUUACUGCCACUUCCCUUUGUACAAUGCUCCCGGCAUGUUCGAUCAGUACAACUCCGUUGGCUCAAACGUACAAAUGGGCCAGGCAUUUGUGGAGUGUGGCGCUGAGAUACACGAUCCCCAGUCGUUCCUGGAGCACUUCAACACUCAGCACCGACCCCAAUUCACGUCAGCUGGUCUGGUCAUCCCUACUUUCUCGAGUCAAUCCGCGCAACCGAGGCAAGGGGGGCAUGGAGGGCAGACCGGCCAGAGUGUGCAGAACGGGCAGAGCGAACAGAGUGGACUGGCCAGCAAUGCCUUGCCUUCCACCGAGUCAAUGUCUUCUCCUAUCACUCCUCUCGAUACCUCGGACUCCUGCCGGUCAUCCAAUACCCCAUCACCAGUGACCCCUCUUUCCAAUAGUGUGGAGAUGUCAGACGGGAAACCAGAAUGCUCACCUCACAUCCGCGGCACAUCUGUUGCCUCUUUUGCUAGUAAUUCUGUCGAUAUCGGUGUCGAAGAGGAGCAUCGGUGUCUGUGGAGAAACGAUGGAAGCUCCCAGGUCUGUGGCCAGUUAUUUGCCGAUGCCGAGGAGCUCUUCAAGCAUACCUCUGAGGUUCAUAUCAAGAAUGCCCAAAAGGGAGCACAAGGCUUCCGUUGUGGGUGGGAUGACUGCCCCCGUAGUGAACCUGGUGCUGCCGGGUUCCCACAAAGAAGCAAGAUCGAGAGGCACAUGCAGACGCAUAUUGGCCAUAAGCCUCACAUCUGCCCAACCUGUAACAAGGGUUUCUCGGCAAAGCAAGCUCUAACGCAGCACAUGUUCAUCCACAGCAACGAAAAGCCCCUGACCUGUAACAUAUGUCAAAAGGCAUUCCGAUACCCGAGUGCACUGACUAUGCACCAGCGUGUUCACUCCGGCCUGAAACCCCUAAAAUGCCCAGUUUGCGGCAAGGGCUUCAGCGAGUCGUCUAACUUGUCCAAGCACAAGCGCACUCACGAAGUCAAAGGCCGUUUUACGUGUACUAUUCCGGGCUGUGACCGAAACUUCCAUCGGCAGGACCAACUCCGCCGGCAUAUGAAAACUCACCAAAGAGGAGGCGGUGAGAACAGACCACCACCGCCUGUUGUUGUGCCUGAGCCCCAGGGGUUGAGCGUUGUUCAGGGGUAG